AUGGCUUAUAGUCUUAAUAUGUUGUGUUAUUUACUUUCAGAACUGGUAGCGGCUCGUCAAGAACAAGAAGCCGCUCGGCAACAUCACUUAGCCGCCCAGCAAGAGCAGUUAUCCGCCCAGCAAGAGCAGUUAGCCGCCCAGCAAGAGCAGUUAGUCGCCCAACAAGAACAGUUAGCUGCCCAGCAAGAGCAGUUAGCCACCCAGCAAGAGCAGUUAGCCACCCAGCAAAAGCAGUUAGCCGCCCAGCAAGAGCAGUUAGUCGCCCAGCAAGAGCAGUUAGCCGCCCAGCAUGAGCAGUUAGCUGCCCAGCAAGAGCAGUUAGCCGCCCAGCAAGAGCAGUUAGCUGCCCAGCAAGAGAAGUUAGCCGCCAAGCAAGAGCAGUUAGCCUCCCAGCAAGAGCAGUUAGCCACCCAGCAAGAGCAGUUUGCCACCCAGCAAAAGCAGUUAGCCACCCAGCAAGAGCAGUUAGCCGCCCUGCAAGAGCAGUUAGCCGCCCAGCAAGAGCAGUUAGCCGCCCAGCAAGUGCAGUUAGCCACCCAGCAAGAGCAGUUAGCCGCCCAGCAAGAGCAGUUAGCUGCCCAGCAAGAGCAGUUAGCCGCCCAGCGAGAGCAGUUAGCCGCCCAGCAAGAGCAGUUAGCUGCCCAACAAGAGCAGUUAGCCAACCAGCAAGAGCAGUUAGCUGCCCAGCAAGAGAAGUUAGCCGCCCAGCAAGAGCAGUUAGCCGCCCAGCAAGAGCAGUUAGCUACCCAGCAAGAGCAGUUAGCUGCCCAGCAAGAGCAGUUAGCCGCCCAACAAGAACAGUUAGCUGCCCAGCAAGAGCAGUUAGCCACCCAGCAAGAGCAGUUAGCCACCCAGCAAAAGCAGUUAGCCGCCCAGCAAGAGCAGUUAGCCGCCCAGCAAGAGCAGUUAGCCGCCCAGCAAGAGCAGUUAGCCGCCCAGCAAGAGCAGUUAGCCGCCCAGCAAGAGCAGUUAGCCACCCAGCAAGAGCAGUUAUCCACCCAGCAAGAGCAGUUAGCUGUCCAGCAAGAGCAGUUAGCCACGCAGCAAGAGCAGUUAGCCACCCAGCAAAAGCAGUUAGCCGCCCAGCAAGAGCAGUUAUCCGCCCAGCAAGAGCAGUUAGCCGCCCAGCAAGAGCAGUUAGCCGCCCAGCAAGAGCAGUUAGCCGCCCAGCAAGAGCAGUUAGCCGCCCGGAAAGAGCAGUUAGCCGCCCAGCAGGAGCAGUUAGCUGCCCAGCAAGAGUAG